AUGGCAGAAAUCACUGAUGUUGAAACUAUUGGGACAAGGCAAUGGACCAAGGAAAUUACCCUUGAUGCCCCAGGGACUGCAUAUUUAGAAGACCCGGAGGGAGCAGGUUCUUCGCAUAGAGGAAUUAUUCUGCAGCCAACUCCUACCUCCGACCCGAACGACCCUUUGAAUUGGUCGUUCUAUCGAAAGUGUAUACACUUUGCCAUUGCAUCAUUCUUCACCAUGCUGGUAUUUGCUUUGAUUGACAUCGGCCCGGUGAUUUGGCAAGACUUUGAGGAUCUUCUUCAUAUUUCAUACCCCCAGCUUAACAACCAAUACGCCGUGAACUGUGUCUGUCUAGGUCUUGGCUCAAUCAUACUUGUGCCUUUAGCCUUAAAGUUUGGGCGGAGGCCCAUUUACCUCUUGACUGCCAUAAUAGCCCUGAUCACUGCAAUCUGGCAGGCAGUGCUUCGGGACCUUGCAAAUAUGAUGGCUGCACAGGCAUUUAACGGAUUAGCUUGUGCUGUAGGCUGGACUUUAGUUCCUAUCACGAUCACAGAUUUAUUCUUUGUCCACCAGCGAGGCCGAGCAAAUGCGGUCUAUCAGCUAAUGAGUAGUACUGGUGUCUUUCUCGCCCCCGUCGCCGCUGGAUACAUAGCGAAUGCUCAAGGCUGGCCAUGGAUCUUUUGGUGGUCAGCAAUCUUUCUGGGAGUUAACUUGCUUCUUUUUGUUUUUCUUCUAGAGGAGACAAAGUUCUCCAUCCAUACCAUUGCUGGGUCAGAAGCCAGUGUCCCAGCAUCGUCUCAAAACAUUGGAAACGUCAGUACUGGUGAUACGUCCAAGUGGACACAUCCAGUGGAUCCCGAAAGCCACAUUGCAGCUACUACAAACUCACAUUUUGGGCUCAAUGAGACGGGCACCGGAAUAGAUCAUUCUAUUCCUCUGAAAACCGCACGCCAACGCCUGGCGCUAUUUACCACAUCCACUGGACCCACUGGUCACUUCAUAAAACAGAUAUAUACGCCAGUUCAGGUCCUGGUGACCAUACCAGCCGUUUCUUACGUGAUGAUACAGUAUAGUUCCGCUUUGGUGUGGUUCACAGUAGUGGCCACAACACAGUCAGAAUAUCUCGCCCUACCCCCCUAUAACUUUGGAACAACAGGAAUCGGUCUGUUGAACGUGCCACCUUUCAUUGGGUCUGUUCUCGGGUGUAUAUGGGGAGGUCCAGUGAGUGAUUGGUCGAUCAAAUUCCUCGCCCGACGAAAUGAAGGUAUCUACGAGCCUGAAAUGCGGCUUUACAUUUCUUUUCUCCCGGCAAUAGUCGGCCCUGUGGGUCUGUUUCUCUACGGAUACAGUGUAUCGGAGGGCUUGCCGUGGAUCUUUCCCUGUCUCGGAUCUGGAUUCUAUGGAUUCAGCAUGGCUGCGCUUAUUCCAAUCGCCCUGACAUACCUCACUGACUCUUAUAACAAAAUUCUCGGAACCGCUCUGAUCGGCGUGAGCUUCGCCCAAUAUAUGGUUGCAACUAUCAUCAUCUUUGCGCUUGAUCCAUGGAUCAACGGCAUGGGAUUAUACAACACCUUUACAGUAAUUGGAUGUCUGGCAAUCGGAUGCAACUUGCUCUGUAUCCCGAUGAUUCUCUUUGGUAAAAAGUGGCGGAUAUCUUGCAAAGAGCGAGAUCAGGAACAAUGGAGCCCGCGGAGUACGCGGAGCUCGCCGACUGACAAGGGGCUUGCCUCGCCACAAGCUCUACGCGGAGCUCGCGGAACUUGCUUUCCACAUAUCCUUGCAAUAUCCUCAUCUGGAAUGGACCCCCAAGCGAUUGCGCAAUCUCAAUCGAGUGAUGUUCCACGGAAGCGAAAGCGAACAGCAUGUCGGACUUGCAGGGACCGUCGCGUCAAAUGCGACAACGGGCGCCCCUCAUGCCAGUCAUGCUGCACUUUGAAACUAGCUUGCGUGUACCCCGACGAUAGCGCUUCUACAAACGCCAAAUUUGACUCGGGUUCUUUGGAGAUCCUGCAUCAAUUGCAGGGGAUCCGAACAGUCCUGGAUCGUGUAGCACAAACACAGGAUUCUAACGCCUCAGCUACAAACUCUUUGACUCCCAGAUCUUCCACAGAAUCCAACUGGAGAUCUGCAACCCGGAAGGAUUAUAGCCUGGAAAUUGAGCAUCGUGGAAAUUUGACUGACAGGACUGGUUAUGCACCAUCGAAUCGCCCCCGCAUAGGUGUUGAAGGACUUCUUUUCUGGCCCAAAAUCAAAGAGUUCCUCGGAGAGCCAGUCGUGAAGAGGUCUUUUCUCAUCGAGUGUAAUGUCGAUACAGACGCUUCUGUGCCAGAUGGACAGACUUCCAAGUAUGGAAUCCGCGAAGAUGACUUUCUUACACUCUGCCGAAAAUUCCUAGACUAUGUGCAUGUGCGCAAUCCAAUCCUCGAACCAAGUCAACUUGAGCAGUAUGCCAAAGAAUUAACAGAAUCCGGCCUGAAGUGGGACACUAAGACUUGUCUUGUGCUCCUGGCAUGUGCACUUGGCUGUUUCGGUUCUGAAUCUUCUUACGAAGAAAUCGAUGAACUAGGGGAGAGUCCAACAAAAGAUGAUGCAUCCUACGCUCGGGCAGAAGCAUAUUACGAAGCAGCACGGAAGCGUAUCGGUUAUCUGGGUACAUCAUUACUGGAUAUCCAAUGUCUUUAUCUAGCAGGAAUGUACGAGAAACAUACGCUACGCAUUCUUCAAGCCUGGUUUUUUACCGAACAGGCUUGCUCUCGGUUACAUGCAUAUCUGCUGUGCCAACGAGGACCAACCGAACCUUCUGAACAGAGCGACCAUCGCCUUGAACAACGCCUAUAUUGGUCCUGCAUUAAAGCUGAAAGCGAGUUCUUGAACGAGAUCCCGCUAAUCCGAAGUGCCCUUAUUUCGCUCGACUACCCUGACCCAUUUCCCUCGCCCCCAAAGCUUCCAAGCGACGAAAAUCUCAACAUCGAUAGCAGGGAUAUCUCAUUCAACAAAAGGCAAGAGCAAAGCUGGCUAUACUACUUGGCUGAAAUUGCAUUGCGAAGGACACUGGACCAAGAAAUGCCACUCAUUAACUCGCCAGAAGCUCAAACCGCAUGGAUAGAGAACAUCAACUACAUUCUCCAACAAUCUGAGGAGAUCGACGAGCAGUUGAAUACAUGGUAUAACCACCUACCCUCCACAAUACGACCGCCCGUAGACCCAAAACUUUCGCCGAGUGAUCAGCUGUCUUUUUUUCUACAGGCUCGGUUCUUGGGUGGCAGAGAAAAGAUUCUUCGGCCGUUCUUUUACUACGUUUUGCACAAUGAUGGUGGUGCCGUCAGCCAGGCGGUCCUUUCACGUGCUAAUGAGUACGUGCAUUUGGCAAGAGGAUUGAUUAUUCAUCUCCGGAAGAACAGGCGGCACGGCGGUAUCUGGUAUGCGCUCCGCGGGAUCUGGGGGCUGGCUAUGAUUAUCCUGACGAUUGUGCAUGUGCAAAUUGACGGUCUACCUCCGCCAUUCGAUUGGAUGGAGUUGGUCAGUAUUUCCUUGAAGAUGUUGCGUAAUUGGAGCGUUGAAGCGGCGGAUAUUCGGCAGAUAGCCCUGUUAUCAUCAUUUAUCGGGAGUUUCGGACUGGUGGCGAAAUCAGCAGCCCUGAAAAUUGACGAGAAAGACUUCACUUCCACCAAAGCACUUCACGAUCUAGUCCAUCGAGUUGCAAGUGUUGGGUUGCGACUACCAGGAAGCGAUGUGCACAAUGAAUUAGUCGAUUGGGUCAAUACUAGCCUGCAUGAUAUACCCGGACUUGAAGUCGAAGAGUCCAAGUAUGAUCUUGACGUGUGGGAGCCAAAGGAAGGCAUCAGUCUGAGUGAGAGUGGAAGUCUUUGUAUCGAGUCAGGUGGGAUAUGCCUCAAUGUCCCAAUUGUGGGAGCAAUCCCAUUCACUCUUCCGACAAACGGCUCCGCCCUCACUGGUCCUUUGAUCUAUAUCCCUUCCAAUCAGAGCAUCUCAUCUGUAGAUGUUCGGGGCAAAAUCAUUCUAAGAGACUUUAUCCCAUUGCCAGUCCCUUAUAGCUAUCUGCUGAAGGAUUCACAUUACAUCACGCCUGAUCUCGCCACUCGAAUCAAUACCACCUACGAGCGACCAUAUCUUUCCACGCCAGCUGACGACCUGAUUGCCGCAGGACAGGGCGGAGCAAAUGGACUGAUUUCUGCAUUUGACAUCCCUCGCAAAACUCUGGAAGGAUACUACGAUCCCCAUUUCGGGCAACAUUAUCUCGUUCCCGGUGUUUAUCUGGGUUCCGAUCAGUAUUAUAUGCUUCGAAACGCAUCUCAGUGCGGACAUACAGCAUUUAUCAAGAUUUCCGCUAACACGGGUCGCAAAUAUACCCGCGAGCUAUUUGCUACUCUUCCCGGCCGGUCCAACGAAACUAUCAUCAUCGGCUCACAUACGGAUGGCGCAACUUGGGUUCAGGAAAAUGGAGUUGCAGGGCUCCUUGCACUAGCAAAGUAUUUUGCAGCCCAGCCGACGACAUCUUCUGCUCGGGCAAAGACACUUAAGUUUGCCUUCACUUCGGGACAUCUGACGUACAGCAAAGAUGGAGCGAUCCCGUACGCAAAGAAACUGGACCAGGAAUACGAUGACGGAAACCUCGCACUAGUCAUUGUUCUCGAACAUAUGGGAGCACGGGAGCUACUGCCAUCCUCUGCGCCAAAGGGUCAAUACGGUCGCGUAUUAAACUUCACCGGCAACAGCGAAGCCACUCUCUGGAGUGUUGGGCCUACACAGCCGGUUCUUGACGCCGUCACUGCUGUCGUCAAAGGUCGCAUGCUGGAUGGUGUAGGGGUGACUCCAGGCAACCCUCCGAAGAACGCUUCGCAGAUUCCCUUCUACGCCUCCCAGGGUGGGAUUGGGACAACAUACCACAACUACCUUCUUCCGACAACUUCUAUCGUUUCCGGGCCAUGGAGUCUGUGGGCUCCUUCCUUUGGGGAGGCGGCUAUUGAUUUUUCCCGGCUGCGCGAUCAAUUGCUGGCUGUUGUGGAUUUGGUGAUAGACCUUGGCUCGGCUUCAAAAGCCGAGAUUGCAGGGGGAUAUAUCGAAUACCGUGAGAUGCGUGCGAAUGGAUUCCCUUGGAAGGAGCCUAGUUGGAACUCACAAUAUCUCCCUGGACCUCAGAGAUAA